AUGAUUGCUACCUAUUUCAAUGCUUUCAGAAAUCCAAGCGAGGUGGGACAGUCAUGCCGCGGAAGCAUCAACCUUCAAGAAGCUCGCAUUCUUUCUGAUAAGGUAACUAACAAUAUUGUGAUAUCAGCAUCAUCUCAAACCUUUCAUUUGAAAGCGUUAAAUGACGUAGAUCGACAAAAGUGGCUAAGUGCAUUGGAAUAUUCACGGCAUAGAGCUAUAAAACAGGCAGAAAGUGAUGAAGAUGAAGAAGCUCAUCUUGGUCCUGGAGAAUCACGGGUAUCCGUUUUGCAG